AUGCGUGGUCAUGAUAUUCUCAUGGGAAAACUUGUAACAGGAAUCAUCUAUAUACACUCGAAACUGAUGAUUGUAGAUGAUAAAUGGGCGAUUUGUGGUUCAGCAAACAUAAACGAUCGCUCACUCAAAGGUGAUCGAGAUAGCGAAAUUGCUCUUGUUGUACAAGAUACUCAACUGGAAGAUGGAAUUUUUAAUGGGCAUCCGGUUGAAGUUGGAAAAUUUUGCUCCAGUUGGAGGAAAAAAUUAUUUAAAACGAUGUUGGGUAUUUUAAAUGAAAAUCCUGAAAAUAUUAAUGUUGACGAUCCAGUAUCGGACGCCUUUUAUAACCGUUUUCGACAAAUAUCGCAGCAAAAUACCUCUAUUUACGAAGAAGUAAGUAACUGAACGCAUUAAAAGUGAGAAAAUGAUGCAAGUACGGUGUCUCAGAACUAAUGGCUAAUUUGGCAGAUAUGUGGUAGAACUUUUUAACUUAUGCACGACAUGAAAAUUAUUAGGUUCGGCGCCCUUCACUGAAAAAUCCAGAAAUGUUUUCUGGGGACUUGUUUGACACCCUUCAGAAAUUCUAGAAGACGCGAAUCAGGCAUCCUUCAACGCAUCCAAAUAUGUCCAGACUUUAAACGCGAAUCUCCGAAGCCACUUAGUGUCAAUCUUUCCAUUACGGUGUGAUCAGCUAACUCUGCAGCCGCACUUCGGAUUUUUUCUUCAUUUUGUUGUGCCGAUAAAUCAAAUCGAACCAUGCUGAGAGUCGCAAGACUUCUUAAAUUAGAGAGAAAAGUCAUGUGAACAUUUUAAGUGGUAUCUGCACUUUAGAAAAUGUCUUU